AUGCUCUCCGGCAACCUCUUCUGGUGUCUCGCCUUGUUCUUCUUGAGCAACGGAGUCUUUACUCUUACCCAGCGGGAUGGAUCGCAGGAUCUCAUACAGCAAUUCGUUAGACAACCGCUCCCCGAAAUCGAAGGACCGGCGAGCACUACGUCGUCUACGUCCACCGCAAAGCUAAUCCCGUACGUUAUUGUUGUGGAACAGAGCGCCACCAGGGAACAGAUCCGGGACCUCAACAACAAACUCUCAACAGAAGCCGCCCCGGGGUCUCUGGAGGCAAAAACCAGCAAACGCACCGGCCUGGUCGUCUUCUUCAAGGCAGACAUCAGCUCCGCCCAGGCCGACGCGAUCGAGAAGCUUCCCGGUGUUGGUGCUAUAACCCCUGAUUCGAGUCCCGAUGAAGAACAACCGCCUACCCCGUCGGCGCCCCAAUCAUCGGCGCGGCCGUCGUUGACGCCUCGUCAAUUAUUUGGCAAGGGUCGGUCCAAGUCGCCGCUGACGGACGUCCGAAACCCGGCCGACGUCCGCCUCCAGAUGCCGGCCGCCAUAGAACUCAACGUCAUCUCCCAGCCCCCCGGCUCGGUGCGCGCCGAGAACCUCCCCGGGUUCGCAUACGCCGCCGAAGCUGGUAAAGGGGUGACGAUCUACGUGAUCGACACCGGCGCCAACAUUGAGAGUCCGGAAUGGAAAAACAUGAAGGGGAGCAAGAGCUUUAUAUACACGCCUGGCGUUGAGGAGUCGGAGACGGACCCGGAAGGCCACGGCUCCUGUAUAGCGUCCAAGGUGACAGGCCGACUAUUCGGUACCGCCAAGGACGCCAACAUUGUCAUGGUCAAGAUUCACCACAAGGAAAAAGGAUUGGCUUCGACUUUCUCGGCACUCGUGGAGAUCAGUAACGACGUCUACGAGAAGGGCAUCCAGGGCAAGGCUGUAGUCAACCUAUCAUUAGGGAAAUACUUAACCAAGAAACAGAAGUCCUCUGUGACAGCGUACAGGCUCCUCCUCGCCACUGUUAUGAAUGAAGACAUCGUUAUCGUCACAGCGUCAGGCAACGCAAGAAGAGAUGGCUUUAAUAAGCUGUCAGACUACCCAGCACUUUUUAGUCGGACCACAAACAUUAUUGUUGUUGGCGCCGUUGAGGAAGACGGCUCCCGCAGCCCAUACUCCCAGGGCACCGCUAAAGAGCUGACUACGUCAGCCCCAGGCGAAGUUACGUGCGCCUCAGCUAAAUCUUCGACGACCUGGGCCAGGAAAGUUGGCACUUCUUUUGCCGUCCCCGCCGUCGUAGGAGUUAUCGCCGUCUGGCUCUCCCAAGACGAACAUGCCGCCCGGCUUCAGAUCCCUGGCAAGGUCGCAGCAAACGUGAAGGCCAUGGUGAAAGAGUUCUCGUACCCGCGCAUCAAACGCGGGCCGCCUGUGAUUUGGAAUGGCAUUGACCCACGGGGACUCGCUUGCGAGUCGCCAAGAAGGCCGGGCGACGCCGGGUCGGGCUGCCGGGUGACCGUAGACCCCCCUGCCUCGGCGCGGCCCCCGCGGCCCCCUAAGCCCCAGUGGAGCGAUAACCCGCAGGGCUUUCAGCGCGUCUUCGAAGAGGACGGCGUCAUAGGCCACAGCUACGUCGAUAGCUGGGACAGCUCGGAAUUUGACGUCAAGGGCAGUAUCGAGCAGUGGUGCCUGGAUAGAUGUACAGGCAAGUGCGCCUCUGUCUUUAUCUACCGGAUACUGCAGUUCAAAAACGGGAAAUACAACGAGGAUUAUUUCUGCAGCACGUACGUUAACAGAUAUACCAUGCUUGAACGAGAUAUAGAGAGAGGGACAGAGAGGCACUGA